AUCCACAAGGGGGCGAUAUAGGUUUCCCGGGCGGUAGUUUGUGCAGCAGCAGAGGAAGUUAAGCAGCAGCGUAAACAUGGCUGACAGUGGAGUGACAGAUGAACCUGUCACAAAAGAUGGCAUAGACCGAGCAAAGACUGAAGGCAAAGAGCUGACCAAAGAAGAGAAGCAAAGGCUGCGGAAAGAUAAGAAGAAUCAGAGGAAAAACAAAGAGAAAAAAGAUGACAAGGCUUCACAGGAAAGCAAAGAGAAGCCUGUCAGUGCAGCUGCUCCAUCUCCCCAGCCUCCAGCACAACCCUCACAGAAAGCUCCUUCAGCAGUGACCACUCCUGCACAGGUUCCUGUGUCUGCCUCAGAAACUCAGCAAGCUAAGAGUAAAGCAGACUUGAAAGCUGAGAGGAGAGCUCGGCAAGAGGCUGAGAGGGCCUCCAAACAGGGCAAGAAGGGAGACGUGGGACCGCCGGCCUCCACAGGGAAACCUAAAGCUCUGCCUAGUGAGCUGCAGCCAGUGGUGAAGAGGCUCCCAGAACAUGUUCAAGUGGACAACCCGGACGUUUUAAAGAAACUGGCAAAGAAAUUGGAGAGACAACAGAUCCCACUCCGCUCAGACUAUGGCUACAAAGUCAGCCUGUUUUCUCAUCUCCACCAGUACAGUCGCAAAGCCCCUCUAACACAGCAACUCGGCAUUCCCUCCACAGUGAUUCAUCCUGCUAUUGUUCGCCUGGGUCUCCAGUAUUCACAGGGCAUUGUAGCAGGAUCCAACGCUCGCUCUGUCGCCCUGCUGCAUGCCUUCAAACAGGUCAUAAGGGACUACACUACGCCUCCAAAUGAAGAGCUAUCUAGAGACUUGGUCAACAAGCUGAAACCUUAUAUCAGUUUUUUGAAUCAAUGUCGCCCUCUGUCUGCCAGCAUGGGUAAUGCAAUCAAAUACAUCAAGAAAGAGAUCUCCAAUAUUUCCAGUCAAUGCAAAGAAAAAGAGGCAAAGAGCAAGCUGCUGAGCUGUAUCGAUCGCUACAUUGAGGAGAAGAUCAUCCUUGCUGCUAAAGCUAUUGCCAAGUCCGCCAUAGAAAAGAUCAGUGAUGGAGAUGUCAUCCUAGUUUAUGGAUGCUCGUCGCUGGUCAACCACAUCCUGUGCGAGGCCUUUGAGAAGAACAGGAAGUUCCGUGUGAUCGUGGUGGACAGCAGGCCUCGACUGGAGGGCCGGGAGGCCCUGAGGCGUCUUGUCCAGAGAGGCAUCAGCUGCACCUACGUCCUUAUCUCGGCUGUAUCGUACAUUCUUCCAGAGGUAUCGAAGGUGUUCCUCGGUGCUCACGCUCUGCUGGCCAACGGUUACGUCAUGUCUCGCGUGGGGACAUCACAGAUAGCUCUUGUGGCCAAAGCCUUUAACGUGCCUGUGCUGGUGUGUUGUGAGACCUACAAGUUUUGUGAGAGGGUGCAGACGGACUCCUUCGUAUCCAAUGAACUAGAUGACCCUGAUGACCUCAUUGUGACCCGUAAAGGGACGACCCAGCUUGAGCAUUGGCAGGAAGUGCCCUCACUUGGCCUGCUUAACCUGGUGUAUGACGUGACGCCGCCUGAUUUCGUGGACUUGGUCAUCACAGAUCUGGGAAUGAUCCCGUGCACCUCGGUCCCCGUGGUGCUGAGAGUCAAAAACGUGGACCAGUGAAAGACCUCCUGCUCAUAUCAGUCAGAGCUCGGAGUUUGUGAGCUUGAAUGCUUGCACACAACACAAAAUACCGUGCUUUAAGCAUGCAAUAAAUAUAUAUCUGAAAUGGCAUACGCUUUUUAAACGGA